CUCUUCUCAACUCUUUAAUAUAACCCUAACCCAAAAUAAAGAGAAGCAGCUUACAAGUAUCGCCGCCAUUACAAUUCCGACUAAACACUAUCGUAUAAAAAUUAACAUUUUACACCAACGGACACCAAAGGUAACUCCAACGGAUAAAC